UUGCGUUAUUUCAUUCACGGCAUCGUCCAAGUCGCACGCAUUCAACACGUAUUAUCGAGUGUUACUCGAUUCUGAUAAGUGAGAAUCGAAAUAAAUAUAAAAUAGAUUAAUAAUUGAUUCACAGCAGUUUGUGCGUUUUGUUAAUGUGCUGCGAGGUGGCGCAUCGUUUGCUCGCUGUUACGCCAAAAUGAAGGGAUCGCUACUUCUAUUGUUGGUAUGCGUUGGCGCAGCUUCGUGCGCGAGACCAUGCUGCUCAAACCAAGAGACCAUCAAGCGAGGACUCUACUGCGACGGGGUAGAGAAGAUCGCAUUAAACUGCUCCAGUGGCCGCAUGGUCCUUUGGGAUAUUAUCUUACAAAAUGAUAAACUCAGCACUAAAGAUUCACCAGGAUUUAUCUUUGCUGAAGACACUGAUCAAUACUGCAUUGGUACAAUGGACCGCAACUCGAGUGUGCCUAGUUUGCGCAAUCUGUCAGUCGCGAUCGUUUGCUUUGAAAGAGUGAGCCAAUCCAACAAUAUAGAAACUGGGGGAAUUCUUACUAUCAUCUCUGUCUUCUUCCUGGCGGCCACCUUCGCUGUCUACAUGUAUCUACCGCAAAUGAGAGACCUGCAAGGUUUGUGCUACAUGUGCAUGUGCGUGAGCAUGGCCCUGGGCUUCCUCUCCCUGGGCGUGCUGCAGCUCAGUCCACAUUUCGCUGGCGACAUUUGCACUGUUGCAGGUUUCCUUGUUUACUUCUGGAUGAUGGCUACCUUCUUUUGGAUGAACGUUAUUAGCAUCAACAUGUAUCGCAGCGUUCAGGAUUCGGCCUACUUGAAGAAGACGGAGAGAAAACAGUACUUCUGGUACAGCUGCUACGCGUGGGGCUGCACACUCAUGUUCCUGGCCGUAUCCCUUAUCACAAACUUCGCGGAGGGAGACCACUGGAAGCCAGGAAUUGGAAACAACAGCUGCUGGUUCCAAGGCCGAACCGAAACAUGGAUAUUCUUCUAUGGACCGAUUGCGGUUCUCAUCGCGGCCAAUAUCAUUAUCUUCGUUAUUUCAUCGUUCAACUUAUGGAUGCAACAAAACAGGAAGUACGAAGUCAGCAAGUUGAACAACCUUAAGCAUAAAUUCCUGGUGUCUCUUAAGCUGUUCCUAGUCAUGGGUAUCUCUUGGACGUUCGAGAUCGCUAGUUUCGCUCACGGAGAAGCCCAUAUCAUUUGGAAAAUUAUGGAUAUAUUCAACUGUCUCCAAGGGGUCGUUAUAUUUUUAAUUCUGGUCGUACUACGAAGGAGAGCAAUGCAAGGUUUAGCCAACGAGCACUUCUGUCUCUUCAUAACACGGCCGCUUGCUGAAAAACUGAGUCCACACGACGACGCGGAUGACCAGGAAAUAUUAGCCGACGACACGGUCGAGGUCAGACUUAACUAACGCAAAAGUCAUUGUAUCAGCUUUUUACUAAGUCAUUUUAUGUAGUGAACACAAAAGUUCAAUCUAAAUUGGUCCUCUUUGUACGAGCUCUCAUAUAGAUUGGUUGAACAACAACUGGGAAAAACUGUGAAUAAAACGUCAAGACCUAGCAUCAUAAGUUAGUGGUUGAACUAUCUAUAUAUUUGUGACUUAUAAGUAUUUCUAGUGCCAAAACAUUCUCCAAAAAAAAUAUAUUACCUCUUAUUUUUUUAUCAAAAAACUGGGAUGGUUUUAUAGGAUGUUUCGGUAAAGGAAGUCUACGGUUAUAUUUCGUUAUUUAAAAUAAGAACACCGUUUAUAAAUAAGUGUAAUGUUUUCCGUUAAUGAAAUAUCUUUAUGUAAAAUCUCAUAGCUUUUAUGAAAACCUUUAAUGAAUAAGAUUUCGUUAAUAAUAAUCAAAAUAAGAGUUAUUUAGAAUUAGAUACUAUUUUUGAUAAACUAUAUUUAAGUUUUAUUAUCGGAUACUCGAUUAAUAUAACCGAUAGAAUCUCUAUGAUUAUAAUUUCACAGUUACUAUUAAUUUUAUAUGUCGCCGUGAUAAGAUGAAUGUAUCCCAGUAUUACUGGGAAGUCCCGUCUUCUACUGACUCACGUCCUGUUCGUAAAUGUUUAUUAUAUUUUGGUUACAUACUCAUAUUUAAAUAUUUUGCUUUAUAUUAAGUCUUAAUUACACUUUAUAAUGUAAAGUUUAAACGUGCCAUAAUAAUGUUAACAUUGUCUCAAAUAUCUAUUUAAUUUUAUUAUAAUUAUUUUAAAUAGGAAAAAAGUAAAGAAAAUAGACAGUCCGAUUUCUAGAAUUUACGAUGUAAAUAUUAUUAGAGAUUCAGACUGCCAAAGAUAUUGUUCCUAUAUUUGUUAUAACGCAUGAACUUUAUGUUUUAUUAAAAACUUAAAAAUCUUA